AUGCAGAACAAGACCCUUUGGAAUCUAUCUCCCGAACCUCUCCCCGAGGGAGACGUCGUGGGAGCUGUGUUUGUUACGAUAUGGUUCUUUGCUACUGGUUUCUUUAUCUGGGCCUUCUUUUGGCUGUUGCAUAGGCCGAAGGAGCUUUGGAAGGAAUUCAACACUAUCCUCUACGGCACAGCUUUUCUCUGCUUCUGGUACUUUAUCGUCGUCAUCGACAGAUGGCUACAUUUCGACCAACGCUCCGUCGUCUUCGGGUACAUCCUCCUCGCCCCCUUCUGGGAAGCCUUCCACCUCGCCUCGACCAUCCUCCUAAUCUGGGGAACAUACGCCAUCCUCUGGCGCGAGAUAAAAGCCAACUCUGAGCGCCGCAACUGGUGGUGGGUAUCCGCCAAAUUCGGGCUCUUUUUGGUAUUCAUGGUGUCAUUCUUUCAAUGGCUGCUGGGGUUUUCUCUGGCUGUCGUUUGGAUGAGGUUUUAUAGUCUCAACAUCAUUGCUGAUGUUUCGGACAAGUGGACGCAUUUUGAACUUGCUACUACCGGCUUGGUUUUUGGGUUUUGUCUCAUGAUUUUUGCUGCUGCGACGGAUGCUAUCAUCUUGAGGGCUGUUAAGAUUGAUGGAGAACGGCAAAAGUAUCACAAUGUGUUUUACGGUGCCACGAUUCUUCUCCUUAUCCGCUCGGUACUUCAAUUCGCCGUCGUUAUCAGGACCUACAUGCCUGGCAACACUCGCCAAGACACGCUUCUCUUCAAAGACGUCUCCGAGGGUCUCCUCAGCGUGCUCUACUUUUCAGUAAUGGCCUGGCUCGCCUGGGAUAUCACGUCCGGCAAGGUUCAAGAACACGCUGUCACAAGACCUGUCAAGGGUGAAGUCCGCAAAUACAUCCUCGACGAGCUCAACGACGGUACAUCACACGGACGAACUUUGGCUCCUCCCUUCCGUGAGGUGCUUGACAAGACGGAACGAAAUCUUGAUGAAGUUCUUGAGAUGUCGUUCGAGACUCUUAACACGCCGAGGGAAGACCAGCGGAAACUUGCGAGACAGUACAUUCGCUUCUUGCGCAACAAGUUUGGCACGCUCAACCCGAGGGAGGGGAGGUUCUUCAGUAGCAUUGAGAACCGCAACAUCUCGGCCAUCACCAACUUUACUGAGAAUGCCUUUGGGAACCUUGGUCGGAGAUCUGCCUCUGGGGGCGGCGGUACCUCGCCAGCCUCGACCCUCAAUGGAUCUCGCACUCAGCGACACGCUAGACAGCCAUCGAACCCGAGAUUGUCUCCUAUUCACGACGAUGUUCCUCUUGAGAACGUACGGAGAACAAGGCCAAGCUCAAGGUCAACCUACACUCAAGUUCCUCAGUCAGACACGCAGUCUAUCAACACGAUGCCCCUCUUCCCGCCUCCGGCCAGAAACUAUGGACCAGAGUCUGGAUCGCUGUCUCCUCAACCGACUGGUACGCGACCAGCAGUUCGGCCGAUGGGUGGACCGCCGUAUCCUUCGACGAACCCCUAUAACGCCUACAACCCCGUUCCUGGGCAUGAGCGGGAUAUGGCCUAA